CAGUUCAGCGUGCAUUCAGCGAGCGUAGAGAAAGGAGUGUUUUUCUAGAGCUCCUCUCUUUAAUCGUAUAAAAAAAGCUUAAGUUUUAUUUCGUUUCUUUUUUUCUUUCGUUUGUUUCAAUAGAAACUUUUACAAAGUUUUUAUUGAUCGAGAACUAAAGGGCGAACAUGUCUACAUCAGCUAUAUACAUAUUGGAUGUGAAGGGAAAGGUAUUGAUCUCUCGCAAUUAUCGUGGAGAUAUAGAACCUGGGGUAAUCGAGAAGUUCAUGUCUUUGGUAAUGGAGCGAGAAGAAGAAGGCAAUCUUACACCAAUUAUUCAGACACCAGAGUGUACAUAUGCUUAUAUAAAAUAUAAUAACCUUUAUAUCGUAUCUAUGACAAAAAAGAAUGCUAAUAUUUCUUUGGUUUUUGUGUUUUUGCAUAAAAUGGUACAAGUAAUGCAAGAAUAUUUUAAAGAAUUAGAAGAAGAGAGUAUAAGGGAUAAUUUUGUUGUAAUAUAUGAACUUCUCGAUGAGUUAUUAGAUUUUGGUUAUCCUCAAACAACGGAUAGUAAGAUUUUGCAAGAAUAUAUCACGCAAGAAGGACAUAAAUUAGAAAUACAACCUAGAAUUCCGAUGGCUGUAACCAACGCUGUAUCUUGGAGAUCCGAAGGUAUAAAGUAUCGCAAAAACGAAGUCUUUCUGGAUGUUAUAGAAUCUGUGAAUCUUCUGGCAAAUGCUAAUGGAAAUGUAUUAAGUUCUGAAAUCGUUGGUGCCAUAAAAAUGAGAGUGUAUUUAUCUGGAAUGCCAGAAUUGAGGCUGGGUUUAAACGACAAAGUGCUAUUCGAAUCAACAGGACGAGGAAAGUCCAAGUCGGUAGAAUUGGAAGAUGUUAAAUUUCACCAAUGCGUGCGACUUUCAAGAUUUGAGAACGACAGAACCAUUUCUUUCAUACCACCUGAUGGAGAGUUUGAAUUAAUGUCAUACAGAUUAAACACCCAUGUCAAACCAUUGAUAUGGAUAGAAUCUGUAAUAGAAAGACAUGCGCAUAGUAGAGUUGAAUAUAUGAUAAAGGCCAGAUCUCAAUUUAAACGUAGAUCUACGGCGAACAAUGUGGAAAUAGUAAUACCUGUACCAAACGACGCUGAUUCUCCCAAAUUUAAAACAACUAUUGGCAGUGUUAAGUACUCUCCUGAACAAAGUGCAAUUACUUGGUUCAUUAAAUCCUUUCCAGGUGGAAAAGAAUAUUUAAUGAGAGCUCAUUUCGGUCUACCAUCUGUGGUCGGAGAGGAUAUAGAAGGCAAGCCACCGAUUCAAGUGAAAUUUGAAAUUCCCUACUUCACUACCUCUGGAAUUCAAGUGAGAUAUUUGAAAAUCAUUGAGAAGAGCGGUUAUCAAGCAUUACCGUGGGUUCGUUAUAUUACACAGAAUGGUGAUUAUCAAUUGAGAACGAAUUAAUUACAUGAUAAUCAUAAGAAAAUAAUGGAGAAAUUUUAUGAACGAUUGCGUACGAAGUUCAUAAAAAAAAAAAAAAUUAA